AUGCACUGUUAUGCGACACGCAGCUCUCAUUGCAGGCCAUUGACACAACUCUACCAGCAUAUCCUGGCCUUGGCACUUGCAGUAAAGGAGAUAAAUGAAACCCCCCAACUCUUACCCAAUGUCACUCUUGGCUUCCACAUCUAUAACAGCCACUUCAGUGCAAGAUGGACCUACCAAGCCUCUAUGGAACUUCUCUCUGGACAAGGAACACUCACCCCUAACUAUAAAUGUGAUGCUGUAAGCACUCCAUUAGCAGUCAUUGGCGGGCCAAACUCUGAUUUAUAUAUUGACAUGGCCACAAUCCUGUCCGUGUACAAGAUGGCCCAACUGACCCUUGGCUUCCUUUACUUUCAGCUCAUGUACGGCUCUUCUCCCAUUAUGAAUAGCAAUGUGCAAACACUUUUCUUCCACUGGGUGUUCCCAGAUGGGCUUCAGCAGUACAAUGGGAUACUCCGGGUUCUUCUGCAUUUCAGCUGGAUGUGGAUUGGGGUGCUUUCAAGGCAAGAUGACACAGGAGAGAGAUUUGUGGGAAAUGUUCUUCCCAUGUUUUCCCAGAGGGGUAUCUGCUUUGAUUUUGUGAAAAGGUUCCCCCGAGCGACCUAUUCUGAUGAGCUCCACAAAAUGGUAAAUGACGGUUCUGAAAUAAUCGGAAUUGUUAUGAGAAGCACUGCCAGCGUUGUUCUCGUUCAUGGUGAAAUUGAUAGCAUUAUGGUCAUGAGAAUGAUGCCCAACCUCGCAGAAACAGAUGAUAUAUCAAUGCAAGGCAAGGCAAAAGUCUGGAUUAUGAUAGCCCAGAUGGAUUUCACAUCAUUUCCCUUUCAAAGAGGUUGGGACAUCACAUUCCUCCAUGGGGCUCUAUCCUUUGCUGUUCACUCAAAGGAUCUUCCAGGAUUCCGGAAAUUUAUUCAGAUGAGAAACCCUGUUUUGUUAAAAGAAGAUGGCUUCCUCAGGGCUUUCUGGGAAGAGGCAUUUGAUUGUUACUUUUCUCAUCCUACUUUAGACAAGAUAGACAGCAAAUUCUGCACUGGGGAGGAGAAUCUUGAGAGCCUCCCUAGAUCUGUUUUUGAAAUGAGCAUGACAGCCCACAGCUACAGCGUCCACAAUGCUCUAUAUACUGUAGCACAUGCUUUGCAUGCCAUGGCAUGCUUCAAAUUCAAACACAGAACAAUGGCAAAUGGAGUAGCAUGGGAGCAUCUGAAACCACAACCAUGGCAGCUCCACCACUUUCUGAGAAGUAUCUCAUUCAACAAUAGUGCCGGUGAAGAGAUAUCCUUUGACCAAAAUGGAGCAUUAGUAGCUGGAUUUGAUGUUUUCAACUGGGUCACAUUUCCAAACGAGUCCUUUCUUAGAGUCAAAGUUGGAAUGAUGGACCCUCAGGCUCCAGAAGAUGAGGGGCUUACCAUCCAGGAUGAUGCUGUUGUGUGGCCCAGUAGGUUCAACCAGACACUACCGGUUUCCCUGUGUAAUGAGAAAUGCCAUUUAGGUUAUCAGAGAACCAAGAAAGAAGGGAAGGCUUCUUGCUGCUAUGAUUGCAUCCUGUGUCCAGAAGGGAAGAUCUCAGACCAAAAGGACAUGGAUGCAUGUUUUGAAUGCCCUGCAGACCAGCAUCCAAACAAGGGCCAGGAUGGAUGCCUUCCAAAACAAAUAAUCUUCUUGUCUUAUGGAGAAGCUUUGGGGAUAUGUCUGACUACUUUGGCUCUUUCUUUUUCUUUCCUCACUGCUUUGGUGCUUGGAAUCUUCGUGAAGAACAAGGACACUCCCAUCGUCAAAGCCAACAACCGGAACCUCACCUACACCCUCCUCAUCUCCCUCCUGCUCUGCUUCCUUUGUGUUUUGCUAUUCAUUGGCAAGCCUGAAGAGCUCACCUGCCUCCUUCGGCAAACUGCCUUUGGUAUGAUCUUCUCAGUGGCAGUUUCUUGCAUACUGGCCAAAACCACCAUUGUGGUUCUGGCUUUCAUGGCCACCAAGCCAGGCUCCAAAAUGAGAAGAUGGGUGGGGAAACCGUUGUCCAAUUCUGUUGUUCUUUCCUGCUCUCUUAUUCAAGCCACCCUAUGUACAGUGUGGCUGGCAACCUCUCCCCCAUUCCCAGAUUUGGACACACACACAAUGCUCAAAGAAAUUGUACUGUUCUGCAAUGAGGGGUCGGACCUCAUGUUUUAUGGUAUCCUAGGCUACAUGGGUUUCCUGGCCAUUGUCAGCUUCGUUGUGGCUUUUCUAGCUAGGAGGUUGCCUGACAGCUUUAAUGAAGCCAAGUUUAUUACCUUUAGCAUGUUGGUCUUUUGUAGUGUUUGGUUGUCCUUUGUACCAACAUACAUGAGCACAAAAGGAAAAUUCAUGGUGGUUGUGGAGGUCUUCUCCAUCUUGGCCUCCAGCUUUGGAUUACUGGGGUGCAUCUUUACCCCCAAAUGCUAUAUUAUUUUACUGAGGCCUCAGCUGAACACCAGAGGGCAGCUGAACAGAAGAAACAAAUAA